AAUAAAUUAGAUUAGUAAAAAUAAGUUAAAUUUGGCAAAAUUAAGCCGAUGAGAAAAGACUAUAGCGCCAAGACCACGUGUAUCGAAUCCUUCCUUAUCGUCGUCUUUGACUAACGUUUGACAAAAGUUAAACUCCAAAACAUUUUCCCGCCAAACAACAUACUUCCUAAAUCCCACCCCAAAAUUCAAACAGUUAUUCCUCAUUCAUCAGCAACAAUCAACACGGAAACAGAUAGCAAGCUUGAUUACAAUGGAAGCCAAAGAAGCAGGAUCUUCUGUAGAAUCAAUAAUAGUGUCCUUCAAUACUCGCAUUUCCGAGCUCCAAGAACUCAUCAUUGCUCGAAACAUGUAUCCGGGAAGUGCCGUCGCCGAUCUCACGGCGGUUGAUGCGGCAGUGAAAGCCAUGGAACUUCAAGUUCAAUCUAUUAAGGAUAGAUUACGCGAAGAAACCCUAGCUCUUCCCAAAGCCAAGAAAUUGAUUGAAGCAUCACUUAAGCAGCAGAAAAAGCUGCAGGAAAUGGCAACUCAUGUUCCUUCUCACUUAACCACUAAAACGAUGUCUUCAUUGCCCGACUCUAAUCACCACUUGCAGUCAGAUUCUUCUAAGGAUGACCUAUCGUUGUUGGGUUCGUUGAAGGUUGAAGAGGAGCCGGUUGUUGUGCACAAGGAGAAAAAGGGUCGUGGACCUCCGCCUUUGUGGUACAUUUCUGGAGAUGAGUUGGGAUCUCUAUCGUCCUACAUGAGAGGAAGAUUGACCCUUGAGAAAGUCAAUGCUGCUAUAAAUGAUAUGGCAGCCUAUGCUGAAUCAACUGCACAGCUUAUCUCAGCCCCUAAAAAGAAGUUGCCAGAAAACAUGUGGGAAAGAGCCUUGGAGCUGCGAGAUAUAGCAAUGACUGAAGGAGUUAAAGGAAAACAUUUUUUUCUUGAGAGUGACAUAAAGGGACCUUCCCUGAAGCUUGACAACACUGGAAAAGCAAUACUGACAGUUCUUCGUCACCUAGGUCGUAUAAGUGAGACAAGGGUUGGGCAUCACCGAGUGAUUAUCCUCUCAAGACCUCACUGAAUGAGAUAUGAGGCUCAACAUUCUUAUUAGCGAUUUCGAAGAUGUCAUAUAGAAUACUUCGUUGAAGUUGUGUGUGGUAGAUUAGCAAUCUCCCAUCAGCAAAGUUGGGAGUAAGUUUACCUGUAAGGCUUUACUUGUUUGAUAUUUGUAAUUGUUUGUGUACUGAAUUACAUAACUACUAAAGCUAUUAUAUAAUCCCCACUUUUUAUAAAGUAAGAAAUAAUUGUGGUUAAGAUGCAAAGAGGCUUCCAUUCAAGUUAGCAUUUCAUUGAACUUUUAUGUUUGAAUAUCUUGAAUGUUUAAUGGUCUUGGCAUUAUUCUUUUCAUAUUAAAAAAAAAAAAAAAAGUAAUAAGCUCAUAUAAAGAAAGUUAUGUUCAGAAAGGGAUACCUUAGUGGCUUAGUUAAACUCACAAGUCACAACUGUUUUAUGUUGAUAUAAGUUCAAAUAAGGGCCAAUAAGCUCAGAUA